AUGAGCGGCACAGAGUGGUUACCACCACCCCAGAAUAGUAUUUCAGGACGUGAGGUACAUUUGGUUUACUCGGAUUAUACGGUGUCGGACUCAGAAGCAGACGUGGAGAUCGAAGAGAAAAUGGAACCGAAAGCCAAAUAUGGUGUGCGGCUGGAGCGGCCGUCGAAAAUAAAGCAUAUGAACUUGAAACUGGCAAAAGCGUUAUCAAUGAAUCCGAUAAAAGCUCGGUUUAUCAGACCUGUGGCAAUGGGAGCGGCGCUACAGGUAAGCUAA